AUCGGGCUGUGGUCAGCGCAGGCAAGCCGAGCUCGGCCCAGACAGGCCUAGGUUUCCUAGCAAACUGGCCACAACUAUACCUUCAAUCGGAUCGAAACAGCUACACAUAAAGCCCAGCAACAACUGUUACCGUCCCGGCAUUGCCAGCCCGUCUCCAGUACUGCAUGCUACAUGCACUAAAAUACCGGAGCAGGAAUGCAGCAGACAUCUAGAGCUGCACGUGAUCAGGCGCUUUCUGUUUUCCACGUCAAGGUUGAGAAACUUGCGUCCGUGCUCCGGAAGCCAGGCGUGGAGCAUGUCUCGGUCGCAGAGUUGCUAGUACCGGUUAUCGAGCCUAUCGAGAUAUGGCGCGAGUGGGAACGCGAAACUUAUCUUGGUGCAAUUGAGCAUGUCCUGCGCAGCGAGACUUGGUCGCUACUGUUACAGUGGCUCUGCGACAGCGUGGAGUCCCUGUGCUCGCUGCGGGUACCAGCGCGGGUAGCGGAGGCGUGCUUUGGAGCUGCGCCCUUCCCGCGCUCGGCCGCCGGUGAGAACACAGCUGCGGGCGCGCCCGGCCAAGGCGGUUGCGCCUCGCCGCCGGCGGCGGCCCAACCCGGGCCCAGCGCGCCAGCGGCCGCCGCUGACGCCCACCCAGUUGUGCUGCUCCAGGCACACGACGAGGUGCUGCGCCUACUGAGCAUCUGCCUGAAACCGGCGAAGGGACUGGCGCAGGAUCACGCCGCGGAGGUGGCACGCAAUGGCGGCGGCGGCCGCGGCGGCGGCCGCGGCGGCCGCGGCGGCGGGGCGGCGGCCCGGCCCGGGCGGCCGCCGGCGCCGUUGCCACGCCUUCUGGAGAGCAUGUCGCGUGCGGCCCGGUCUGUCCUGAUGUCACACCUGCUGCGGCGCUACGCCCGGCUCGCAGCACAGGCCGCCGACGCCGCAGCAUACAAAGCCGCGGCUGCCGUUCCGGCGGACGAUGCAUGCAGCGGCGGUGGUGGUGCUGCGGGCAGCGGCAGCGGCGCGACAGCGGCAAGCAGCGGCGCAAACACCAACACCACCAGCGCCACCAGCACCAAGACCAACAGCAGCACCACCAGCAGCAGUAGUCGCAGCGAAGGUGCGGUGGCGGAGGAAUCGGCCGCCUGUGAGGGGCUGAACAAAAUGCUCACGUCACUGGUGCUGUUUAUGGCGGAGAUCUCAGAAAUUGGCGUUGUGCUUCUGCAGCUGCAGCAGUCCAUCGCAACCUUCGCAACGCCUGGCUCGCCGCCCUCGGCUGCAGCUGCCGCAAAGGGCGGCGGCCGCAAGGGCAAGGCAGCGGUGGGCGGUGCCGCCGGCGCCGGUGGCGGUGGUGGUGGAGGUGGAGGUGUGGCGAGUUCGGCUGCUUGCAUUGGCGGCGCGGGUAGCGCGGCUGACCGGGGCCGCCCUCUUGCUUCGCUGUUGGUGUGGGAGGAGGCGCGCAGUGGGUUCUUGGACCAGUCGGCGCGACUGGUGCUGCACGGCGCGGCGGCGGAGGGGCGCGCGCGACUGCAGCAGCAGCAGCAGCCGGCGGGGAUGGCGGCUGGCAGUAGCAGUGGCAGUAGCAGUGCAGUUGGCGGCGGCAGUAGCACUGCAGCGACGGUGCCGUCUCAUGCUGCUGGAGCGGCGCUGACGUUGCGUCUGAGCACCAUGCUGUGCACCUUCACACAACCGGUCGGCCGGGCCUGGUGGUUGACAGCUGACAGCGCCAGCAGCGGCAGUAGCAGCGGCAUUGACAGCAGCGGCAGUAGCAGCGGCAGUAGCAGUAGCAGUAGCGGCAGUAGCACAAGUACACUGGACCCACAGCCGCAGCAAGUGCUACUGCCGCCUAUGCCCUGGGGCACCUGCCUGCAGAUGCAGGUGCUGUCGCAGGUGGUGGCGACGCUGGCGGCGGCGGGCUUUGGCGGCGGCGAGCGGGGCGUGUGGGGGCUGCCGGCGGAGCUGGCGGCGGGGCUGCCGGUGCUGGGUCACCCGGUAGAGGGGUUGUGCCCCGACCUCCGCUUCGCGCGGCAUACCGGCGGCUUGUCAAGCUGCGUGUGCGAUGAGCCCUUCACGCUGCUCAACCACAUGAUGCGCUGGCUGAGCCUCAAGCACAUGGCGCUACUUACGGGUGCCGCCGCUGAGGCUUCCGCCAGCGCAUCCGGCGGCACUGCUGCUGCUGCUGCCGCGGCCGACACACCGGCGGAGCAGCGCGGCGCCGGCGACUGGUCCUUCCCGCUCUCACCGCACGCUACGGCCCGGGUGCUGCUGCGAGUGGCCGACCUAGGGGCUGCGUCCAUCGACCUCGCCGCCGCGAGUGUGUCGUUCAGAGGGGCUCUUCCGGCCCGGGGCUCACGGCUGCGGCUGCGGCACGGCACCGGCUGGGAUGAGGGCAUGGAUGCGGUGAUGCAAGCGCGGCAGCUGCUCAUGCGGCCGCGACUCCAGCGGCGCAUGCAGCAGGCGCAGCAGCAGGAGCAGCAGGCGCUGCCGCCAAGCAGCGGCGGUGCAGCUGGCGGCGGCCGCGCUGGCGGCCGCGGCCUGGGCGGCGGCAGCAGCAGCAGUGAUACAACCCGAGCGGGCCCCACGCAAUCCCGAACACCGCCGUCGGUAGCGCAAGAGCAGGGCGGCGCAGAUGCAGACUCGGGCGGCGGCGGUGACGGCGGCGGGUUCCGCAUUGGCAGUGGCGACGAGUUCGGCGACGUCUACCCGCGACUGCCGGUGGCGUGGUGGCGCGGGCUGGCGGUCAUGCUGCCGCGCGCCGUGGUGCUGCCAUUGGUGACUUGCAGUAGCAGCUACAGCACGAGCAGCAAUAGCUACGGCGGUGCCUCUGCCGGUGAAAGGGGUGCUGGUACGUUGGAGGCGCAGGCGGACCGUGUGUCGACGUGGGCCAAGAUAUUGCUGACAGUCGACUUCAUGCCGCCGGCCGAGCUGCCGCCACGGCCACCGCCUGCGCUGGCAGCGGCUCUGGCUGGCGGCCUGGUCCCGGCGGUGGAGGCGGCGAUACGCGCCGCACCGCAUCACGGCCUCGCCGUGUCGUUGGCCGAUGCGCUCCUGCAGGUGCCGGCCGAGGGCUUGCCGCAAAGCGGCGGCGGCUGGCCGCUGUUCCAGCAGCUGCUGGCGUUCGCGCCGCCGGCCCAGACGGCGGCGCUCAUCACCAGCAUCGGCAAGCGGCUGCACGCCGCGCUGGACAGACUGGAUGUGGCGGCCAACACAGGAGCCAUCGGACUCGACGCCGCCGCCGUCGCCGCCGGCACAACGGUGGAGGAUCUGGGUGUGUGUCUCAAAGCGGCGCUGAUCUGGAUGCGGACGGUCCGUAUGGCCCUGCCAGACCGCUUCUGGGUCCGCCCGGUGACUGACGCCGCCGCCGCCGCCGCCGUGAACGGCGACAUCAGCGCCAACGCCGUGAACGGCGAUAUCGGCGCCGGCGGCUUGGCCGAGCAGGACGCGGCCGCGGCGCCGCUGUCGCUCCAGGAGCGGCGGUUGCGGCUGCUGUGCUCGCACACGCUGCACCGCUGGCUGCCGGCGCUGUCGCGCUGCGUGCGCUUCGUGCAGCCCGGAGGCGCCUUCGACCCGCGCAGCCUGGCGCCGCAUUAUGAGGUGCUGAUGCAGUGGUGCGUGCAGCUGCUGCGGAUCAUGGGCGGCCUUGAGGCAGCGGCCGCCGUGGCGGCCUCCUGCGGCGGGCCCGGCGGCGGGCCCGGCGGCGACGACACGGCAGGCAAUCCCCAGGGCGCGGCGACCGCGAUGGCCGCAGAAAUCGCCGCCAACGCCGCCAGCUGGCGGCAGUGGCUGCUGCACGACGUAGAGCUGUUGCCGCUGCUGGAAACAGGGCUGCGGCUGCUGGCGGCGCUGCCGCCGCCGUCGAGCGACCCAGGCGCCGCCGGCGUGGCACAGAAGCUCACCUUCGUGCUGGCGCUGAUGCCCAGGGUGGCGCCGGAUGCGUUGGCGCCGGUGCUGCGGCUGCCGCUGCCGCCGUCCUCGCCCUGGCACCCGUCCACACUGGCGGACGUGCUGAACCGGCACAACCGGGCUGCCGCCAGCACAGCUCCGCUGCCCGUGAUUCGGGCGGUUGAGAUGCUGCGGGCGGCGGCGACCAGGGGCGCCACGCAGGCUGAGCUUCGGGCGAGCUACAACGGCGGGCCGGUCGCACGGUCCGCCAUACUGCCGUGGGCGAGAGCCGAGGCGCCCCUGCUGUGUGAAGUUUCGCCGCUCCUGGUAGAGGGCGAGGCGGAGGCCAUGGCGGCGGAGGUGGCGGCAGCGGAGGCGGCAAGGCAGGCGGCUGCAGCGGGGGCCAGCGGAAGUGGGGGCAGUGGCGGAAGCGGCGGUGGCGGUAGUGGUGGUGCGGCAAAGCAGCCGACGCCGACGCCGGCCGUUCCGCCGGCUUGGACGCUCCGCUGCUGCGGCAACCCGCGCUGCACCAACCUGGCGGGUCCGAGUGAGUCGGAUCUGCCGCUGCAGGCCUGUGGCGGCUGCAAGGCCGUGCGGUACUGCGGCAGAGCCUGCCAGGCGGCGCACUGGCGUGCGGGGCACAAGGAGGCGUGUGGUGUGUUUAAAGGGAGGGCGUUCGCGGUUGCCUAGUGGGCUGAGAGUGGAAGAGGUUCAGCAACUCCAUAAGGCUCUGGCGUGUACGGUAGUUUAACGACCAUUUCUGCAGUGUUUACAUUGUGUGGUCUGCAGUGUGUUGGGGGUUUCUUGGUCACCCCGUAUCGGCAGCUGUCGGAAUAGGGAGCGCGCGUCCAGUUGUUCAGCAGGCAUUGCAUCACACUUGCGCGUGCAUGCGACAGCAUGACCUGUACGUCAUCACGCCUCUAAUGUCUGUGACUCUGUAGCAAGCGGCAAUUGCUCGGGCGCGAAAUGCGGGUGAAGGGUGGCCUGGGAGCGUGCACGGAGGUGCAGAUGGAGGAAUGCGGUCGUGUACCUCUGGUUUGUGAGCUCGUUUGUACGUUUGCUUUUGGAUUGAUUGCGGGAUGUUUGUUUGAACGAAGACGUGGCCUCCAGGUCGCAGAUCAUGGCGCAGAGGCGUGCACAACUGCGCAUGCGGUGACACAGAGCCAUCUUGCAUUCGCAUUCACUCGCAAGCACUUCGUUAGCCAUGUCGUGCAUUCCUCUGUAGCAUAUGUAGUA